GUGACCGGUCAGAUUUGGGGGUAAGUGAAGCAGCAUGAGGCAGACAGGAAGGAAGGAGCCAUCAGCUGUCAUGGAGGCUGGAGCCCUCCUUCGGCCGGUUGCUAAUAAUGUUGUUAGGCGCUGCUCCUGAGUGACCUAGUUUCUGUUGUGCGGCUCAGCGCUAUGUCUGUCUCACUCCCAUCCAGAGGCCGUAGGAGGAGAAGGAGGAGGAGCAGCAGCCGCCAGACUGAGCACAGCUGCGAGUUACACAAGUGCCGGCGGACGCCUCUCCCGCACUGAAUGUGACAUUGGAGUUGCAGGUGCGCUCGCUGCUCCCGCUCUGGUCGUUGCUGCCUCCUCCUCACACCGCUGCCCGCCUCCCCGGAUACUUUUUUGGGGGGCUCCUGGAUCAAGAUGUCAUGUUGAGAUUGAGAAUUGUGGCUCCCUGCCUCUUGGAUUUAUUCCUCGGACUGAGAGAAGAAGCCGGGGUCGUGGCAUGGCACAGCGCCCCUCUAACUCAUCCUGCUGACCAGGAAUCCUGUGUUGAAUAAACGAGCUGAUGGAUGAAGAUGAGAAAGAGAGAACAAAGAGGGCAUCACGCAACAAAUCUGAGAAGAAGAGAAGAGACCAGUUUAAUGUCCUCAUCAAAGAACUCUGUACCAUGUUACAGGGCCAUGGACAGCCACUUAAGAUGGUCAAGACCACAAUAUUGCAAAAGACAAUCGAUUUCUUACAAAAGCAGAAAGAAAUCACAGCACAGACUGAAGCCUGUGAGAUUCGACAAGACUGGAAACCUUCUUUUCUUAGCAAUGAGGAGUUUACUCAGUUGAUGUUAGAGGCUUUGGAUGGCUUUCUGAUAGCGCUUAACACUGAUGGGAUUAUAAUUUAUGUGUCAGACAGUGUUUCAUCCCUUCUCGGUCAUUUACCGUCAGAUAUGGUGGACCAAAAUAUAUUAAAUUUUCUGCCGGAGCGGGAACAGGCGGAGGUGCUGAAACUUUUGGCAUCACACAUUCUCAUGACAGAGCCGAUCAUUCCUGAAUAUUUCAACAAUGAGAAACAAGUGGAAUUUUGCUGUCAUUUAGCAAGAGGAAGCCUGAAUCCCAAUGAGCCCCGGAUGUAUGAGUUUGUCAAAUUCGUUGUAGAUUUUAAAUUCUGUAAUAAUGUGCCUACAUCCUCCUAUAAUGGGUUUGAGUCAGCUGUGGCAAGGGCAUUCCGGUCAGGCAAUGAGGAACAGAUAUGCCUGGUGGCCACUGUACGGUUGGUGACACCGCAAUUUCUAAAGGAGCUUUGCAAUAUAGAAGAACCUUGCGAAGAAUUUACAUCACGACACAGCCUGGAGUGGAAAUUCCUCUUCCUGGACCACAGGGCUCCACCUAUAAUUGGCUACUUACCUUUCGAAGUGCUUGGGACAUCAGGGUAUGAUUAUUACCAUGCAGAAGACCUGGAGCUCUUAGCAAAGUGCCAUGAACAAUUGAUACAGUGCGGGAAGGGCAAGUCCUGUUAUUAUAGGUUUCUAACCAAGGGCCAACAGUGGAUCUGGCUCCAGACUCACUACUUCAUCACGUACCACCAGUGGAAUUCCAAGCCUGAGUUUAUUGUUUGUACACACACUGUCGUCAGCUAUGCUGAAGUUCGAGCAGAGAAAAGGAGAGACCUUGGGUUGGAGGAAUCAGCUCUUGAGUUAUCAGAAACUUCAAUGAAGCCCCAAAAUACUUACUUAGCGAUCAAACACACAAAUCAAGAAGCCAGCAGAGAAAUGAUGUCUGUCUCAUCCCACAGCUCUCGAAUAUCCUCCCGCACAGCACUAUCCGACUCCGCCUCCACAUCGUCCAUGCGAAUUACAGAAGCCAGUACAUCAUCCCGGCGCUCUCUGUCUGUGAACCAGCAAGAGAAUCCCCAGAACAGAAUGGCUCCCAAUUCAAACCAGUCAAUAGGAACGACUCAAGUCUCAUCAGGAAAUCUGUCUCAACAUCAUGUUGUUCAUUCUACAGUUCCAACUCAACAGGCAAUUAUGCCUGUUUACCAUUAUCCAAGUCCGGCCCAGUUUGAGAUAGAAGAACAUAUGAAGGAGCAGCUACAAGAGAGAACUCGGAUGUUACAGGAUGACAUCCGAACCCAGCAGAUGGAGCUGGAUGUGAUCAAGGAGCAGCUUCAGAGAAUAGAUGAUUCUAAUCAGCAGCUGCCGCAACCAAUCCCUAUGGGAUACAGCAAUUUAGAACACCAACCAGAUCCUAGGAGGGUGUCUCAUCAGCCAUCUGGGGAGCCCAGGCACAGUGUGGACUCAACAAAGAAGUCUCAGAGCAUGAUGGCAGCUAAACGUUUCUGUGUGUCCAGUGUAGCUGUUCAGCACCAGUAUCGGACUACUGCACAGAAUACACAGCAUCAGCAAACUCAGCAGCCGCCACUACAGCAGCAUUUACAGCAGAGUCCUCUGCAGCAACAACAGAAUGCUUUACAGCAACAACAGGAUGCUCUGCAGCAACAACAGAAUGAUCUGCAGCAACAACAGGAUGAUCUGCAGCAACAACAGGAUGCUCUGCAGCAACGGCGGCAGCAACAGUUACAGCAAAAACAGCAGCUGCAGCUACAAAAACAACAGCUACAAAAACAGCAACAGCAACUACAUAAGCAGCAGCAGCUACAGAAGCAAAACCAAAUUCAGAUACAUCAGCAACAAAGGCUAAUAAGAGGCAAUCAGUCACAGCAGACAGUGACUCUGCCUGUCCAGACUUCUAAUAACAUUGUAAUGCCACUUUACAGCAACGCAAUGUUCUCUCAGGCACAUCCCACUGUUGUCACUUCAAGGGUUCCAGCUGAGACCAGGGAUCGGCAACAAGCAACUGAGUACAAACAAGACAGGCACUUAAGGUUUGACCAGGAGCAGCAACUGCAGCCUCCCUCAUUACACAUGCAGCCAAUCACAUGCAGUACUGUGAUUGCAGUGCAACCUCCUCCAGCCUAUACACCAUCGGUCAUGAUCCCGCAUUCCAGUUUCAGCACUCAGCAAAGCCAUCUGUCAGUCCAUGUGCACAAAUGCCAGCAGCAGCAACAGGUCCAGCCACAGCAUCUGUAUCUUCAGAUGCAGACGUCGGAGACUGUACAAACUGCACAUGCUCAACACAUUUUCCAGCAGCCACACAUGUCGCAGCAAAGCACGAUGGGGUAUUUUUUACAUCCUCAGCAACAAAACCAAUCUGGGAACAUGGCUGACCUACCUGAGAUGCAGCUCCCAUGAUGCAUCAACAAGAAGUGACAAUCAGACCUCAGGGACAGCAGAUGUGUCAGAAAGAGAAAGGCCUCCCAAAAUUUCUUGCAUAGAGAAAGCUCUUCCGUCCCACAGCUACAGAGGACACUAAGACAGAUGAGUGAAUUCACUGGACAGAAACUACACAUUGAAGGCCAAAAUGUUACUACUGCUUGACACAGGGCAUGGAAUUUGAAGCCAACCCCUUCACCCUACAUCCCAGCUGCAGUUGGGCACAAUGAGAAUGUGUGUUCCAGUGUUACAAUCAUAUACACAACUGAUAAGUCAGGGGCUUUUAUUGGUGUUGUCUGCCAAAGCUACUCAAGCAUGUGACUAUUUUAUUGAUACCCUAUUACUGACUUACUGCAAAUGAUAAUACUUGGUAGUAACAUUGUAUUUCUUCCUACUGGUUUUUGUUUGACUCAUUGCAGAGCAAUGCAUUGUAAGUCAUACUGGCCAAAAAACCCUACAUUUAUUUAAUGAAGUGCACAGAAUUGCAGCAGCACUGGAAUUGUUCCUACUCGGUCCUGCAUUGAUAUGUGCCCCAUAUAUUUAUGUAUACAUAUGUAGAACAAUGAGCAGCACCCUUUUCCUUCCACCAAAUACUUAUUCAAACAUUGCUACACGUUUAAAGGACAAGGAAAACAAAUUCACUUAGGGGUGCUGAUAUAUUAGAAUCCCCUUGCCAGCAAAUUGAAAAGUAGUUGCGCAACACUCUUCACAAUUGUAAGUUGUAAAAGUUGGCCAUAGACUAACAGAUAAUAUCGUACGAAACAAAUUUUCGUACGAUAUUCUGUGCGUGUAUUGUGG